GGAGGAGCGGCAAGGGGGCGGAGGCUGGGCGGCGAGAAAGCGGCGCCUGGCCCGAGGCGGCGGCGCGGGAGCAGGCUGAGGCAGCGGCCGGGACGAGCGCCCUGAGGUGGCGGCCGCGGCCCCAUGGGCGGGUGCGUGGGCGCCCAGCACGACUCCUCGGGCAGCCUCAACGAGAACUCGGACGGCACCGGAGUUGCUCUAGGUCGUAACCAGCCUUUGAAAAAGGAGAAACCAAAAUGGAAAAGUGAUUAUCCCAUGACAGAUGGACAACUGCGCAGCAAGAGGGAUGAAUUUUGGGACACCGCACCAGCUUUUGAAGGCCGGAAAGAGAUCUGGGAUGCCUUGAAGGCUGCUGCACAUGCUUUUGAAAGCAAUGAUCAUGAACUGGCACAGGCAAUCAUUGAUGGUGCAAACAUAACACUACCACACGGUGCACUGACAGAGUGCUACGAUGAGCUGGGGAACCGAUACCAGCUGCCAGUCUACUGCUUGGCGCCACCAAUCAACAUGAUAGAGGAAAAGAGUGACAUAGAGACUCUGGAUAUCCCUGAGCCACCUCCCAAUUCUGGACAUGAAUCUCAGCUCCGUCUGCGCCUCUCCACAGGCAAAGACCUCAAGCUUGUGGUGCGCAGCACAGACACGGUGUUCCACAUGAAGAGGCGCUUACAUGCUACAGAGGGGGUGGAGCCAGGCAGCCAGCGGUGGUUCUUCUCUGGCAGGCCUCUCACUGAUAAGAUGAAGCUGGAGGAGCUGAAGAUCCCAAAGGACUAUGUGGUGCAAGUUAUUGUGAGCCAGCCUGUGCAAAACCCAACACCAGUGGAAAACUGAGCUGAGCUUGCCUGCUUCCCAGAUCCCUUGGCUCCUUUUUAUUACCAUUUCCUACUCUAUGACGUGAAAUUUAUUUUCACUGCUCGGAAUUCCCUAUGAAUGGAUUUAGUUCUGAGGAAUUACCAGUGAAAAAUUCCAUCUGUGAUGGAGACCAACAAAAAUAAUAAAACACACAGAGCCAGCCUCUGGGACUCUUAA